AAUUUGUUUUAAAAAAACUAAACCCUUCAAAAAUUUGUUCCAUAGAUGAUGGCACCGUGAAUAGCGCCGGCAAAUAACCGUCCCGGCAUUAAUUUCACCGGCGGCGAUGGAUAGGAUCGGAGCUUUACCCGACGAGAUCCUAACUCACAUUCUCUCAUUCAUUCCCACCACACAAGCCAUAGCCACAAGCAUUCUCUCAAAGCGAUGGAUUCAUCUAUGGCGUCACGUUCCCCUUCUUCGCCUCAGCGACACCAAACUCAAAAACCUAGCAGACAAUCAUCGCUUCAACGAAUUCGUCUACACACUCCUUCUCUCCCGAGAAGCCGCCGGUAAUCAUUCCAUCAACACUUUCUUCCUCGACAUCGAAUAUUUUUACGCUAAACUCGCUUUUCGUCCUAGCAAUCCCAAUAUCACAAACUGGAUCGAUUAUGCAGUUGAUUGCGAUGUUCAACAUCUUGAUCUCUAUCUCGAUGUUCUUCGCGAUGACGAUAAGCAUCUAAAGUUCCCUAGAUUGCCUGUUAAUGUGUUCAAUUGUAAAACCCUAGUUUCUCUCAAGCUUCAUUGGUUCCAUGUGGAGGAAUGUUUUUCCGUUGAGUUUGUUGAUUUUCCGUCGCUUAAAGUGCUUCAUUUGAAAGAAAUUUACUUCGAUGAAUAUGAAGAAUUUGUUUUGCUUCUGGCCGGAUGUCCUGUUCUUGAAGAUUUACAUGUGUGUGAUGUGAAUUUUGGAUGUUUGAAAAUUCUUUUGGAGUUUGAUAAUGUCUUUAAAAGCUCGUGCUUAAGGAGUUUGACUAGAGCUUAUGUUAGAGGCUGUUGUUGUGAUUUUUGGUUGAAAGCGCUUUCGAAUUUGAAGUUUCUGAGCAUAGACUUUUUGAAGGGAGAUCGGCAUGAUAUUUUUCCUACCUUCCAUAAUUUGACUCACUUGGAGCUUAACUAUGAUUGGUAUAGAGUUGUGGAAGUGCUCCAACAUUGUCCUAAGCUUCAAAAGCUUGACUUUCAUCAGAACUUAGCAAGCAGAUCGGAUGAGUGCUUUAUAGAAAAUUGGGCAGACCUAGAAUUUGUUCCAAAGUGCCUUUCAUUAAACCUUACAACUUGCACUCUUUGGGGCUUUUUACGCACAACCUUACAAGGUGAGUUAAUGGUAGCAAGAUAUAUUCUGAAGAAUGCAGCUGUUUUACAAACCAUGAAAAUUUGGUGCAUCGGGGAACAGUCACUGGAAUUAGAAAUAAAUUUGUCCUCGUGCCCUAGGGCCUCUGCAACAUGCCAACUUUCAUUUAAUUGAUAUGGGAACGGUCACCUGAAUUAGAAAUAAAUUUGUUCUCAUGCCCUAAGGCCACUGCAACAUGCCAAUUUUCAUUUAAUUGAUAUUAUAUAGGAUUGUUUCACUUUCAUUAGCUUCUAUUAUUUAGUGUUUGGAUUUAGUUUUUUAAACUAUGAGGCUAUGAGCUAUAUAUGAAUGCCAUAGACUUUGUCUCUGUGCAUGAGUUAGAGACAAUUGAUCUUUAAAUGGUUUAGCUUGUACUUGCAUGAUCUUUAUGAAGACUUGGUUAUUGACAUAGGUUACUAGUUGCACAA